AAACCCUCCUUACAGAGGCUUCUCAUUCCCCUGGUGGCAUCAUGGGGUGCAGAGCUUUGUGUCUCUUCUUGCUGGGUCUCCUGGCCGGGUCCACCUAUGGACAAUCGUGUACCCUGAUGACCUCCAAUGUGUUGCGGGCGGACAGCGAGGAGACUUUCUUAGUAGAUGGACAUGGCAUAGCACUGGAGGGAGAUAUUAUGGUCCAGGAUUUUCCCAAGAAAAAAAUUAUUAUUGGUCAGGGCAAGGUCUCAGUCAACAAUGGAAAUGGCUUUCUGGGAACAUCCAAAUUCUUGGUUCCAUCAACUAACCUGGAGAAAGACCCAGAAAAGAAGCAGUUUGUCUACGUCAUUGUGCGUUCCGGCCCCUGCAACUUGGAAAAGGUUGUUCUGGUGUCCUAUCAAAGCGGUUAUAUCUUCAUACAGACCGACAAACCCAUCUACACUCCAGGAUCACAAAUUCUCUACCGAAUCUACAGCAUGACCCCAGACCUGAAGCCUCUAAACACGCCAAUAGUCAUAGAAGUUCUGACUCCAGAUAAUGUGAUUGUAAAGAGAGAUACCAUCCGACAAACUACCACAAAAGGAAUUAUUUCCUCCAGUUACAGACUAACUGAACUUGCAAGUUUUGGAGUUUGGACCGUGGCUGCAAAGUUUGAAGACACCCUUAUACAUAACUUCAGUACAAAUUUUGAAGUAAAAGAAUAUGUUCUACCCAGUUUUGAGGUGAAAAUAAUUGCAGAGCAAAAAUUUUACUACAUCAAAGAUCUAGAAUUCAGAGUUGACAUCCGUGCAAAUUAUCUCUAUGGGAAGCCUUUGAAUGCUAUGGCCUAUGUGUUGUUCUCGGUGUCAAGAGAGGGUGAAAAGAAAAGUCUGCCAAAUACCCUAAGAAGGAUUGAGAUAUCAGAUGGUGAAGGCUCUGCUUCUCUAAAACGAGAGGACCUAGUGAAGUACUUCCAGGAGGAGAAGGACAUGCUUCAAUGGAGACUAAGUGUAUCUGCUACGGUCAUCACUGACUCAGGCAGUGAUAUGGUAGAAACUGAGCUUAGUGAUAUCUACAUGGUGGACUCCCCAUACAAAGUUCUUUAUACCAAAACCCCCAAAUAUUUCAAACCUGGAAUGCCUAUGGAUCUAAUGGUGUUUAUCACCAACCCAGAUGGGUCUCCAGCACACCGUGUCCCUGUAGUGGCGGAACCAGGGUCAGUGAGAGGAGUUACACUGAAAGAUGGAACUGUCCGGCUGACCAUCAAUACCCGUGCAGAUAUAAGCUCGCUUCAAAUAACAGUAAGAACCGAUGAUCCAAAAUUACAGCCUACCCUACAAGCAAGUUCUUCCAUGACAGCCACUGCAUACAAACCACGUGGUGGUAAUUAUCUGCAUCUCAGCAUUACUGGUGGAGAACUGAACAUUGGGGAGAAUGCUGCUAUCAACUUCAUUAUCCGGAACAACGACCAAAAUGUCCAGAACCAGAUCACCCAUUUCAAUUACAUAAUUCUAAACAAAGGUAGAAUAAUGAAAACUGGAAAACAAGAUAGGUCUCAAGGCCAAGCCCUUGUGACUUUGCUGAUGCCGAUAACAUCAGAGUUUAUCCCUUCCUUCCGCAUAUUGGCCUAUUAUGUGGUCACAACUGGAGCAGGCCGUGAAGUCGUGGCUGACUCUGUCUGGGUAGAUGUAGCAGAUACCUGCAUGGGAACGCUGACAAUUUCUGGCGAAAGGGAUCGGGACAAUGCAAUUCAACAUCCUGGAGCUUCUAUGAAACUUAGAAUGAAAGCUGACCACAAGGCCACCGUGGGACUGGUAGCCGUGGAUAAAGGAGUUUUUGUGUUAAAUAGCAAAUAUAAGAUAUCCCAGACGAAGGUAUGGGAUUCAGUGGAGAAAUAUGAUACUGGCUGCAGUGCGGGAGGUGGUGCCGAUGCUUUAGGAGUGUUUUAUGAUGCCGGAUUGGCAUUGGUCAACAGUUUCCAGGGUACCACCUCUCAGAGAUCAGAACCUUUGUGCCAAGGAAAAUUAAAGCGCAGACGACGAGACACAGCAUUAUUAAUUCAAACAAAGAACUCUAAAGCGUUGGACUAUAAAGGUCUUGAGAAGACGUGCUGUGAUGAUGGCAUGAGAACUUUACCCAUGAAGAUCAGCUGCGAGCGGCGUUCCAGAAACAUUGUAGAUGGAGAAAAGUGCAUUAACGCCUUCCUGGACUGCUGCAGGCACAUUGAGAAGAUAAGAGAAUCCGAGAACGUAAAAAACACACUUGAAAGAAGUGAUGCGGACCUUGAUUACAUUGAUGAUUCUGACAUAAUCUCCAGGUCGGAAUUUGAUGAAAGCUUUUUCUGGAAGAUAGAGACAAUGAAUGAAGCACCAGAUGCUAAUGGGAUUUCAACCAAGAGUCUCAGCCUCUUCUUAAAAGAUUCAAUCACUACAUGGGAAGUUUUGGCUGUGAGUUUGUCUGAAAACAAAGGAAUCUGUAUAUCUAAGCCACAUGAUAUCACGGUCCAGCUGUCCUUCUUCAUUGAUCUCCGACUUCCAUAUGCUGUGGUCAGGAAUGAACAAGUUGAGAUAAGAGCUAUUCUCUACAACUAUGGCAACAGUGAUGUCAAAGUACGUGUGGAGUGGACUUACAAUGAAGAAUUCUGCAGUCUCUCCACUGCCAAGAGUAAAUAUCGCCAGUUUGUGACUGUAAAGGCCGCCUCAUCUCUGGCUAUACCCUAUAUCAUUGUUCCUCUGACUUUGGGCUAUCAUGACAUUGAAGUGAAGGCGGCCGGACAGGCUGUCGCAGAUGGUGUGAGGAAGAAGCUGAAGGUCGUGCCGGAAGGAAAACGAGUUGUGCAUACCUUAACAAAUGUUGUUUUAGAUCCAGAGGGAAAAGGAAGAGCUGGAGUACAAGAGGAGUUGGUCAAAACAGUGGAAACAAAAAAUGUUGUUCCCAAUACACAAAUUGAGACCCAUGUCACUGUCCAAGGGACAGCAAUUAGCCAGCUGGUGGAGAAAGGCAUCGAUGGAGCCAAUCUGAAUCACUUGAUCAGACCACCUGGAGGUUGUGGAGAACAGAACAUGAUGGCUAUGACUCCCACUGUGAUUGCCACUCAUUAUCUGGAUGCUACCAGGCAGUGGGAAAACGUUGGCAUAAAUCGCAGAACAGAGGCCAUCCAGCACAUCAAUACUGGUUAUACAGGUCAGCUGGCAUUCCGCAAACCUGAUGCUUCCUAUGGUGCCUGGAUUCAAACACCAUCAAGCACAUGGCUCACUGCCUAUGUUGUGAAAGUUUUUGCCCUAGCUCAAGACUUAAUCGGCAUUGACAGAGAUAUACUGUGCAACUCUGUGAAAUGGCUUUUAUUGGAGAAGCAGAAACCAGAUGGCAUGUUUGAAGAAAAUGCCCCAGUAUACCAUCAGGAGAUGGUGGGUGGUAAUAUAAAAGGAGCUGUUGAACUAGACUCUACUCUCACUGCGUUUGUCCUUAUCGCUAUGCUGGACAGUGAGGAAACCUGUAAUGGAGUUGUAAAUAACCUACGACCCAGCAUUAACAAAGCUAUAGACUACUUAGAGCAACAGUAUCCAAAUAUCAGAAAACCAUAUUCCAUCGCCAUCACUUCUUAUGCCCUGGCCAGAGCUGGAAAGCUGGUGAACAUCAAUAGACUCAUGUCUGCAUCUAAAAAUAACGAUCACUGGGAGGAACCUGGAUCCCACCACCUAUCACUGGAGGCUACAUCCUAUGCACUCCUCGCCCUUGUUAGGAUGGAAGAGUUUGACAAGGCUGCACCAGUAGUCCGAUGGCUCACAGAGCAGAGAUUCCACGGGGAAGUGUGGGGAUCAACACAGAGUACAAUCAUGAUUUUUGAGUCUAUGGCUAAGUACUACCAGUACGCUCCAACAACCAAAGAACUGGAAAUGGAUGUCUUCUUCAAGCUUCCUGGUAGAUCAGCAGGCACAAAAAUUCGUCUGAACAACCUGAAUUCUCUAAAUGCCCGCUCAGAUCAGACUCAGAUGGGAGGAGACUUUGUGGUUACUGCAACAGGAAAAGGGCAAGGGUCAUUGUCGGCAUUUUCCGUGUAUUAUGCUAUUGAGACGGAGAAAGAAAAACAAUGUAAGAAUUUUGAGCUGUCUUUGACGGUCCAAGAUGAACCUUUAGCUAAGGGACCAGAGGGCACCCUAUCUACUGUCUCACUCAAAAUUUGUGCCAAAUACCUGAAGUCCCAGGACUCUGGCAUGUCCAUUUUGCAAAUAUCAAUGAUGACUGGCUUUGAGGCAGACACUAAUGACCUGAAUAAGCUUAAAAAAGGAGUGGACAGAUACAUCUCGAACUUUGAGAUCAACAAGGGAGCUUUUGACAAGAGCACACUUGUCCUCUACAUUGACAGGAUAUCUCACACUGAGGACGAGUGUCUGAAGUUUAAUCUUCACCAGUAUUUCAAAAUGGGUCUCAUCCAACCUGCAUCCGUCACUGUGUAUGACUAUUACUCACCAGAAAACCGUUGUACCAAAUUCUACCAUGUGGAUGAGGACAGCAAACUUCUGGGCAGGAUCUGUCAAGGAGAAGUGUGCCGCUGUGCUGAAGAAAAUUGCUUCCUGCAGCAACAGUUAGAGGAGGUGGAUGCAAAUGUUCGAUUUACUAAGGCGUGUGAAGUCGGUGUGGACUAUGUAUACAGGACAACGCUCAGCCAAAUCAAGGAGGAAGACAACUACUUUACCUAUGUGAUGACCAUUACACUUGUCAUUAAACCAGGAACGGAUGUGGUAGAGAAAGAUGAUAAACGCAAUUUUAUCAGCCAUGCAAAGUGCCGUAAAGCUCUAAAUCUGGUGGUGGGCCAAGAUUAUGUGGUGUGGGGAGUUGCCAAAGAUCUGUGGAACCUGGGCUCUGGGUUCUCCUACAUGGUGACCAAGGACACUUGGAUGGAGAUGUGGCCAACUGAUAGGCAGUGUCAGGAUGCCGAGCAUGAACAGCUGUGUGAAGAACUUACCAACUUCUCGGAGGAGCUGCAAUUGCAAGGCUGUCGUAAUUAAACCACACUUCACCAAAGUUCAUCUAUAUCCAUUGUAUAAAUACACUGAUUUACUACAACAAUAAACGGGGUUCCUUGUUCCACA